AAGGCGUAACGGACGGUUCUCUCGUACACAGCGAGAGCCACACACUGCGAGCUGCGGCAGUGCAGUUUGACUCGUCUGGCUCCUUUCUUUCACGCAAGCGCAAGUGCAAGUGCGCACCCUGCUCCUCUCGCUGUCUCAGGUCCCCUGCUACGCCUUCUCCGCCACCAGUCUCCCCUGCAACCGGGAUAAGAGGAAAAGAAUCCGCGAGGCGAAAGGAAUAGGAAUAAAGGAGUGAAAAAAGAAUCUCCGAUCGGGAGUCCUGCCAGGUUGAUAAAAUCUUGGCAGGCAUGGAUAUACUGCUAGGUUCUGAGAGAUUCUUGGCGCGACGGACUCCACUCGUGCUCGUCCCUCGCUGCUCUCGAGGCUCCCCGGACAAAAGCGGCAGCGAUAAAGGUAAGCGAUCUGAUAGGUCCUCUGCUGACUGGGACAACGCAUGGGCUACGUUUAAGAAGAAAGGGAAGCUCUUUUCUGAUUUCUCACCAGACAAGUAUGUGACCUGGAACCCACGGCGCAGUGAGUAUCCAUUGUCAGAAGAAGUUGAUCCAAUCAAGAGAACUGAAAGAUCUUACUUGAUGCUGUGGACAAGUCCCCAGUUUACCUUGGUAGGGGCGAUUAUCAUCGUCUUGACAUUACUAAUCUAUACACUAGUUGUUCCUCCCAAGUAA